UCUUGUUGUGGUGUGAGGGGAGGUUUGUCUGUAGAGUUCUGGAAAAGUCUCUUUUUUUAUUUCUGAAUUUAUCCUCUCUUUUUGGUUAUUUGUGUAUUAAAACUUCUCAUAAGCGAGCGCUGAGAGCGAAGAAGGCAACAUGGCGCAGUACAAAGGAGCUGCCAGUGAGGCUGGCAGAGCCAUGCAGCUGAUGAAAAAGCGAGAAAAAGAAAGAGAACAGCUCGAGCAGCUAAAGCAGAAGAUUGCAGAGGACAACAUGGUCAAGUCCAACAUUGAUAAGAAGUUCUCAGCUCACUAUGAUGCUGUAGAGGCGGAGCUCAAGUCCAGCACAGUUGGUCUUGUGACUCUGAAUGAUAUGAAGGCCAAGCAGGAGGCGCUGGUGAAGGAGAGAGAGAAACAGCUGGCCAAGAAGGAGCAGUCCAAGGAACUCCAGCUGUGGGUUCAAAAAGCAAAAGAGAAGAAGAGAAAGGAGGAACAGAAGAGGAAGAUAGCCAGUUUGUCAUUUAAUCCAGAAGAUGAAGGAGAAGAGGAGGAGGAAAAUGAAGAGGAAGAGGAUUACUCUCCAGUUAAGAAGAAGAAACUUGGGAAAAAUCCAGACGUGGACACAAGUUUCCUCCCAGAUCGAGACAGAGAGGAGGAGGAGAAUCGUCUCAGAGAGGAACUCAGGCAGGAGUGGGAGCUCAAACAGGAGAAGAUUAAGAGUGAGGAGAUCGAGAUUACGUUCAGCUACUGGGAUGGCUCCGGGCAUCGUAAGACAGUCAAGGUAAAAAAGGGAAAUACCAUCCAGAACUUUCUGCAGAGGGCCCUGGAGGUCCUCAGAAAGGACUUCAGUGAGCUCAGGUCUGCUGGUGUAGAGCAGCUGAUGUACAUCAAAGAGGAUCUGAUAAUUCCACAUCAUCACAGUUUUUAUGACUUCAUAGUGACCAAAGCCAGAGGCAAAUCUGGUCCUCUUUUCAGCUUCGACGUCCAUGAUGAUAUUCGACUGGUGAACGACGCCACUGUUGAGAAGGACGAGUCUCAUGCAGGUAAAGUGGUGUUGAGGAGCUGGUAUGAGAAAAACAAGCACAUCUUCCCCGCGAGUCGCUGGGAGCCGUACGAUCCUGAGAAGAAAUGGGACAAAUACACGAUCCGGUGAAACAGCUGUCUUCUAGUUUCUGGAUUCCUCCAUUCAAAGUUUUUUUUUGUUUUUGUUUUUUUAAUCAUCAGUGCUUUAUCAAGAUUUGAUAAACUGUUGGUUCAUACUUGGUAUCUGAAAUACUAGUCUCCCUAAAUGUAUUUGAAUUGCCAAUGCAAUGUUUCCUGUGAAAACAGCCCCACAACCAUUUGUUUAUAGCUCACAAACACAUUGUAGCAUCUAUGUUUAAUAAAAAUGAACCUGGUUAUGACUCACUGGGUUAAUUUGUGGCACCAA